UCCCUUGUCUUCAGCUCUCGCUUCCGUUUACCAACAUGACACGACUCUAACUUGACGGCAAGCGUAAACAAUCGGACAAAACGAGAGAAUCAUGAAUAUCUUCAUCUCAGGCUUCGCCAUUCUCAGUGUGUUGUGUGCAGCAUUGUUCAUUUACACCAGGACUGCUCUCAGUAGCGUCAAUGAUGCGGUCUUUAAAACUUUCCAACGUGUUUAUUUGGUCGUGUACCUGUUGGCUAUGGCUGGGGACUGGCUGCAGGGCCCUCACGUCUAUGCCCUGUACGACAGUUAUGGAAUGUCGACCCACCAGAUCGAGGUUCUGUUUGUGGCAGGGUUUGGGUCCAGUAUGAUCUUUGGGACAGUUGUUGGUUCAUUUGCUGAUCGAUAUGGAAGGAGAGCAAACUGCAUUCUCUACGGAAUUCUGUACGGAGGAGCAUGUAUCACCAAGCACUUUAACAACUUUUACAUCCUGAUGCUUGGGCGGUUGCUGGGAGGGAUUGCAACAUCCAUCCUCUACAGUGCGUUUGAGUCUUGGAUGGUUAAUGAGCACCAUAAGAGAGGAUUUGACCAGGAUUCUCUUGGGAACAUCUUCAGUAAUGCUGUGUUGGGAAACUCUCUGGUGGCCAUCCUGGCAGGACUGGUGGCCCAAACCUUUGCUGACAGAUUUGGAUUUGUUGCUCCAUUUGAUGUGGCCCUAUCUGUUCUGACCAUAAUGACCAUUGUAAUUGUGUUCACGUGGAGUGAGAACUAUGGGGACAAGACAGGAAACUGGAAACAAAACUUCACAAAUGCCCUGACAGCCAUACGCAAUGAUUCCAAAAUUUUAUGCUUGGGGCUGAUUCAGUCCCUAUUUGAGGGCUCUAUGUACAUAUUUGUGUUGGAGUGGACCCCAGCGUUAACCCCAGAAUCCAAACCAGGCUCGACAGACAAACAGGAAUCCAUCCCCCACGGUCACAUAUUUGCAGCGUUCAUGGUCUCUAUCAUGAUAGGAUCUUCAAUAUUCAAACUUUUAUCUAAAUAUACCAACGUUGAAUCUUUUAUGAGGGUAGUGUUGUUCACGGCGGCAGUCUCCCUCACCACACCUAUUAUAUUUAAAGGGAACCAGAUGAUCGUGUUUAUCGGUUUCCUGGUGUUUGAGUGUUGUGUAGGUAUAUUCUGGCCGUCCUUGGGGCAGAUGCGAGGAAAAUAUGUCCCAGAUGAUACUCGAUCCACCAUUAUGAAUUUCUUCCGAGUCCCAUUGAAUAUGAUAGUGGUGGGAAUUCUGUUACAAAACCUGCAGAUGAAGGUGAUAUUUGAGUGUUGUGUGGCGUUUUUGAUGUUGGCUACCAUCUGCCAGCAGUGGCUGUUCAGCAUGGCUGCUGAACAGCAAACCAAACAAAGGGGGAUAAUCCAGGCUUGAUCAUAAAUUCAGAAAGUGCAUGCUGUGCAGCCCAAAAGUCCCAGUCGACUGAAAUACGAAAAUUACCACUUCCCAAAGAAGCGGAAGCACUACUGGCAGAGAACGGUGAAAUGGCCUAAACCACAGACAUAUCUCAUCAUUCAGCAGCUGGUCAUAUCGUAAAUGAUAAAAAGUAUCUAGCUUUUAUAGUAUUUUAAAAAGUACUGUACUCUUCAUUAUACAUUUCCUAUAUAUUUCUUAAGGUCCCUUAAUAUGGUCUGUAUUUUUUUAAUAAGCUAUAUUUGAGAAUUUCCGUAAUGUUCCAGCACUAUAAUUCUGCAGAUCUCCUGUGAUCAUGAUCAAUGUUAGCUGCAAUAAUGUAGCCCUCUCUGAUUUUUUUCAUUCUGACAUCCUACCCCAAAAGUCUGAGGGGGCUACAUUAUUGCAGCUAAGUCAUCAUAGAUCAUUUAUUUUAGCAAAGUCUGUCAUAUCAUAUCUGCGUAUGAACAUUUGUAAAAUCUUUGUGUUCACAAUUAUUUAUUAUGACACUAAUAGUUAUUUUAUGGGGGGAAAAUAUGGCAUACAGGGGCCAUUCAUGAAAUGAUUUUAUUGUAUUUAUUGAUACUAAACUGAACAUUUUCCAGACUAGAUAUGAUAAAGAAAUGCUUUGUUACAGGCCUCUAUAUUUUUGUGUUGAAGAUUUUUACAUGUAUUAGUGGACUGUAUGGUGAUAUUUAGAAAGCAUGACAGACAGAAAUCUCCCAGAGAAACCUAAUCGAAAGUUGAUGUGCUUGUUGAAGAAAUUUUAAAAUUUCAGUUUUACAUGUUAGAUUGAACUUUUUUAUAAUUCAUUUUGAUUUUAUUAGAUCACAAACUUUUGGUAAAGUGAAAUGAAAUAUCAUUUUCUAUUAUAUUUGUCUAUUUUCCAAUCUUUUAAAACAAAAUUUAUUUAUGAUUCAUUUGAAUUUUGAUGGAGCUCAAAAUGUCAUUAAGUUUUGUAGAAAUGAAAAUUCAUUUAUCUGGACAAUAAUAAAAUAUUGUGUGAAAUACAUACAUUUGUAAACAUGUAUCUUGUUGAAUUCAAUUUUGAAGAAAAAAGGCACCAUUUUGCCUUUGAAAGAUUUCUAUAUUAAAGUUGAAUAUUUAUGAUGAUGCAAUUAUCUUGCAAGCAGAAUACAUGAAAUAUGUUGAUGAAGAAGCAAUCAAAUUGCUCAACAGUAUUUAUAAUUUGAAAUUAGACCCUGUACAUCAAUAGUUCGUGUAGGAAAUUUGUUAAAUAUUAGUUAUAUGGUAUGAUAUUCAGAUGUCAUUUCAAAAUAUUGUAGGGGUAUUAUGAAUCUCAUAUUUUCUCGGUGUAUUGCAAUCGUGAGAGAACAUUUUGCGUAGAAAUGAUUAAAUUGUCACAGAAAUCAUUUUAGGUUAUGGGAAUAUUUUGUACCAGUGUAUUUUUGGAUCAGAAAGAAUCAACUGAUGAAAUGUUGUUGUUUUGUUGAUUUUUGUGUCAUGUUUGUAAUUACUAAUUACAUGUGGGGUUUAAUUGUUUCAUGUAUUUGUAUCUCCAGAAUUUCAUUUAUUAUGACGUGCACAUUAAUGACUUUUGAAUUGUGGUUUUAUAUCUCAAACAAUGGUUCUGCUGGACUUUACUACCAUGGCAAUCAGUAAGAUCGAUAAUGUGUUGUUAAUCAUUCCAUUAGCGUAUUGUGUGUGUUCACAAAACAUGUCUAUUUCAUACUUUUAUGUUCAUUCAACACAAAGAAUUGCAAUAAUUCACUAUCUCAGUACCCACAUAAGUAUGUGUAAUAGUGACAAAUACCAAAAGUUUAAUAGAUACAAUGUAUAUACUAAUAUAACCAAACCCUUACAAAUUUUGUCUCGUGCUGUACAUCAAUGAUAAAAUGAAUAAUCCCAGAAAUUAGUUUAUGGGCCCAGUACUGAAGAAGUUGGUGGGAGCAUAUGUGAAGUACGUAUAUUGAUAAACUGAAGUGAUAUGAAUUUAAGCUCUCAAAAGUAAGGGGGGGUGGGGGUCCACCUUGUGAUUGGAAGUAAAUUCUUGGUCUUGUGUGGAAACAUGCAGUGUAUGGGUAUCUCUAAAUAGAUAUUUAAUAAUAGGAUACUCCAGUUGUUAUUUCAGACAUUGACAGUGCAGUUUUAUUAAUAUGCCCCCAAAAAACAACAGGUCACACAGAAUUUUAACUGCAUAGUAUAGGAUUUGAUGUAUCAUUUCAUUUAGCUAUGUUCAGUUUUAAUUCACUCUCUGCUUCUGGUCAGGUGACUUUUCUUCCUGAUCAGUUUGUUGCUUGAAUAUCUUUUUCAUUUUUUUCCUGAUCAGUUUCUUGCCUGAAUAUCUUUUUGGGUUUUUUUCCUCAUCAUUUUGUUGCCUGAAUAUCUUUUUGUGUCUUCAAUGAAAGUUUAACCCCACUAGGAAUAUAAAAGAAUGGUGAAGGCUAGCAUGUCCUCUGUGACAGUCAUUUGAAACCCUUAACCAGAAUCACCAUAGGUUUGAGUGGAAGUUAAUUGGGAUACAUUUUAAGAUCUCAUUUCCUGUACUAUGCAGUCUUUGUCAAAAUGUAGUCCAUGAUGCACUGUGGUUCACAGUCAAACGAGAAGGUCAAGAUUACUCCGGGAUUGAAUUUUAGAAACGACGAGGCAGUUCUGGUAAGGAUGAUUGUCCUUAACAAAUCUACCUAUGUACUCUACUUAAUAUCUACAUAAUAUGCUUUCAAUGUGUUUGUUCACUUUGUAUUACUUGUAGCAUAGUUCUGUAUUUGUUUUUGUUCUAAUUUUAUUCAGAAUAAAUGGUGUUUAAUAUUA